AUGAGAGUGUCAACACUCUCGAUCUUGCCCGGGCUACUGAGUGCUGCAAAGGCCGCGACAUUUCAAGACUGUGGCAGCACUGCAAAUGACCUACAAGUCUCUAUCGCCGGUUGCACUGAUGCCAAUCCCGCCUGCAUUUUCAACACUGGUCAAAAGGCAUCCAUAAAAGCUACAUUCACCUCCCCCGUCACCAUCGAAAGUGCAGAAAUCAAGAUUACAGCCUCAGUGGGAAUCGCCAGUCUGAAUUUCCCACUGAGUCCCGCCGAGGCCUGCGGUAACUGGGGGCUGAAGUGCCCUGCACCGGCUGGGUCGCCUCAGGCGCUAAUGGUGGAAGUUCCUAUUGAUAGUAGCUAUCCCAAGAUCAAAGUUGGGGUAGAACUCCAGUUGGUUACUUCUCAAGGAGAGAAGUUGAUUUGCAAGUCAUUUCCAGUGGAGAUUAAGUGA